UUUUUUAUAUCUGAUUAUGUAACAACAGACUGUGUCGUAUUGGUUAAACUGGUUAGUUACACUUAUGUAUAUACUUGUGUCUUGUGUGGAAAAACACAACAGCCCAGUAAGGUGGGUGAAAGUAAGACGACCUGAAGUCUGAGCCUGAGAAGUUGCUGUAAUGAAGUUAUACAGACAAAAAGCUGCAAAGGAGUUUGAACUCGAUGUGCUCGAGAAUUCACAUAUUUGAGUAAACGUUGAUUUAAUAGCAACAUGAGGCCAUGAAACACAUGAAAAUGUAGUUUAGCUAUUCAUUUACAAAGUUUUUGAUGACUUCAGUCCAACAAGAUCUAAUCGAUCAGUUAAAUUUAAUUCCAACUGAGGUUUGUUUUAUAUUCACAACGAUAUAGAAACAGUCAAAAAAAAGGAGAAUAAAAGAGUGUGUGCACCGCAGUCGGCCGCGGCAUUGUUGCUCUGGCUCAGAAAAGCAGUCAUUACAUGCUCAAAACAUAAAUAGCUGCUUUCAUUGCGACUUGGAAUAGAAAACCAAAAAAAAAUGGUGUAGGUUUUAAGACACCCAAGAGGUCCGUGUGUGUCUGUGAUCCCUUGUAACUGUUCUUAAAAUGACUGGAUGUAUUUUGGGUGCUGCACUGAGGCAUAUCUGCUACAUGUGUCGGCCACAGUCGGACAGAAUCGGUUUGGACGAGCAGAAGAUGAAUUUUUACGUGCAGAACGGGCUCUGUUUAACUCACAGUGUGAUAUUCAGAGUUUUAGCAUAGUUUAUUUUUAGAUAAAGACACGGUUGACACAAACACUCAUUAUAGUGAACAGAAAUCAAAGUAGAGUUAUUGUUAAGAGGAGUAAAAAUCUCUUUGAAUGCUAAUGAAUCCUACCCGAGGUAGGCCUGAACAGUUAAUGUGAUUUAAUCACAUCUUGUCAGGUUAUUUCCCAGGUGCUGUACAGACUUUGGAAAACAUAAAGCAGAUAACAGGAUCUAACAACAACUUUUUUCCACUGAUUCAGGAAAUAAUGAUUCACUUUGAGCAUUUGGGCUCCUGAUUUCAGAUGCACUUUCUUAUCCAACUCCACCUACACGCUUCGAACGCUCGCUCAGUUUUGUUGGAAAAAUAAUUUCAUAUGUGACAGUUAAAGGGCACAUUGUCUGUUUUGAGGUGCCUACACAGUCUCGCGCAUUGAUGUAUGUACAGAGAAAUGCUUCGAGUUGCACAGCCAUGAGCUAACUUCCUGAUAUCACAAAGAAAAUAAUCAUGACCUAAAAACUCUAAAUAGUUAUCACUGCUAUGCUCUUGAUUUAAUAUCAGUGGGUAAUCUACAGAAAACAGAGAGGCACAUCGACUCUCUGAGCUCACGCUGGUGCGUUCGUGCGUGAUAAGGACCAACACUGUUCUGGUGAUUUGCUUUUUGUCAUGUUGUUCUCAGCAGCCAGUUAAGCAGCUAUUUGACUGAUCGCUAUUUACACCAAGCACGUUUCUGCCUCUUGUCGGGUUCCCCACUUCAACACUGUGACUGUGCCCACAUAUUAAUAAUAUUUCUGCUGUUUAAAUGAGCCGAGGAGGAGUUUACACUCAGUAACACAAAUAUUACACAAAUGGUUUAUUUUUCUAAAACCUGUAGCUGUACUUGGUUACCACGCGUCAGACUGAAACAUCUGAGAAAAGUACUGUGAAGAAUAACAGUGACUGUGAUGACGCGCUGGCUUUUCUUUGCAAUAAAUGAUCAUUUUCCAGGUUUUCUGUGGGCCAGAAGCCCCUAAUUAAUCUUAUAUGGGUCAGAUUACAGGUGUGUUGUGACAGCUGGGCCACACGAGGCUUGGUGUGACAGAUGUCAAGCUUGUCUACUGAGUAUUAGGCUAGAUCUAGCUUACGUAGCAUUUGCUAGCGAGCCAUAGUAGCCCUGCUAUCUGGGUCCAGAGGCCACAAUGGGGUUGGGUUUUUUUAAAAUUAUUUUUUAAAUAUUUCAGCAAAAACUGUUUAAAAAAAUUAAAGUCCUCUUCACUUUUGUCAACGACGUCCCCAUCUUCUUCCUCGUUUAGUUCUUCCUUCACAUUAGCACGUGUUAGCACGCUAACGCACCCAGCUAAAAAAAAGUUGAGGACUGUAAAUGCUAAACAUGAGCACAUAACGCUGUCAGCUCUAAGCCUGCUCUGCCUUCAUGUCGAAUGUGUUUCCGCUGCUAAUGUUUACGCUUCCUAAUUGUGGUUUACUUGAAUAAACACUUGACGCUCGCGCUGAGGUCGCCUUUAAAAGCUCGACCUCGUCGCUUUUAUCCGAGCGCAAAUGGUUUGAAGAUGUCAAAGUAUUCAAAGUAUUCGCAUAGUCUGUCGAAGCUCGUGCGUCCGAGCACAUAAUGUUGUGGCGGGUUAGCCAUUAUGACAAGAUAGAAAUGGUGAACCCACCGGAAAGAUCAUAAUGGCCGCCGUGUUUCGCUCUGUCACAACCCCCAUUAUCACUGCCAUCUAAAACGAUAACCUGGAGCUGCGAGUCUGCCGAGAACAGACGAGUUUGACCAAAUGACAAACACAAUCAGGUUUUUGAUUCCUAUUUAAUUGCAUUUACUCUCACACCAGAAAACUUCCUCUCUGUUCUCUGUGGAAAACGAGCGUUCAGGCCUCGAAGUCUCGUGUCGAGUCCUCGGCUUGCUGAAAACAGAGUGACUCAUAGGACUCUUUUUUCCACCACUCAUUGGGUCAAUCACUAUCUGCUUACUCUGCAACACUCUUGUACCAAAGUAUUCUUUGCACAUCAGAGGGAAUUAUACACUGCAUGCAAACAGUUUCUGUGUGUUAGUCCCGGGCGCUGCAUGAAAGACACCCCGCAACAGUGUGGGUUCAAAGCUUGGCUCAGGAACCGUGCCAUGUGUCGCCUCAUCUCCCGCCAGUCUUUGUUUUUGUUAAAUAAAAAGAGGGAGGGCGGAGAAAAAAGAAAGAAAGCACCAAACUCUUAGUUUAUAAAGAGCACACGCAGAGCCGGGACUUGGCUUCUGCUGUUGUUGGACCUUUUAAUGUUUUGUUGGAAAGCCGUCAGUGUUUUGGUUAGUUUGGUCGUAAAUUACAGCAGCAUGGCUAAUAUGCUUGUCACGGUCUGUUAAAGGGGGUUUGUUAUUAAAUUCACUUUCCCUUUCAGUUUGCUCAAGUAAUAUCACAGAAGUUGAUCAUAAAUUUUGAGCUGCUGUAUCACCGCGCUACCCACUUAAACGCCCCACAGUGUAUGGGGAAUUUAAAUGAGAAAUGGGGAAAAAGAAUAGAGUCACUUGCAUCCAUUUAUAGACUUUUUACAGGAGUAGACCUCCUUUCUCAACACAUACACAAACAAGAUGCAAGUCAUUUAUUGUUUAUCUAUAAAAUAUCAGAAAGUGCUUACAUGGAGCUCAAGUUGAUGCCUUUAAAUAGCCUUUUUUGCUCUCAAAGCAGUCUAAAAUAAAAAUAAUUAAAUGUACAUUAAUAUAAAAUAAUGCAAUAAGCAAAUUUGCACACUAAAUUUAAGCAGAAUGGGGUAAAAAAAAAAAGGAAGCUUAUUUUAGCUUUAAAGUCAAAUGACAGCAAAAAGAUAAACACCUUUCUGCAUUAAAAAUAAAAAUAAACUCCAUAAUAGUUAUUCCCGUGUGUUGAGAUCGGAUUAGGUGGUGCAGAAGUUGAAUAAACGUAUGAACAGUUAGUCUCCAUUCGUUAGAAAAACCAGUUUUCCAUGUGCUGCACAUCCAUACUGACUAAAAUAAACACCUUUUAGGUGCAGAUCAUGAAGAGCUCCAGCAUUGCUGCUCAUGUCUAGGCGACAUCCAUUUGUCCACACUGUAGGGUCUGGUCUUUGUUGUGGCGUUUUGGAGGUCAUGCUGCAGUAAAACCUGGUUUCUUGUGGCAGUCGUAUGUUGCUGUUUGGUUGUCCACUGUUGAUGUGGGAAGCAGCUCAGGUAUAUAACCAGGAAGCUGAGGUUUUGCACUUUUUAUUUCACAUAGUGUUUAAAAACAUGUUAUAUGUUACGGUGUAAGAAGUUAAAUUACAGUAAAGUAGAUUUGCCAGCUUUUGGUAAUCACACCCCCUGUUUUACUGUAAGUAACUUAUGGCACAUGCUGUGUAUGUCAGGUUUUAGGUUUAUAAUUUCAUCGUUAUAAAAACUGCACUCUUUGUGAGGGGGUGAAGUUUUCACUGAUAUGAAGAAAUGAAACUGAUGGACACAUAGUGAGAAUAACACAAAGACAAUCACGUAUCAGUUUGCAUGCCGCUUUGUUUAAAUGUGCUUCUCGUCUUUAUUUACUCCCAAAUUGAAGAAGAGCUCAGGAGAGCAGCCUGGCUGAUCUCCUGCGUGUCUUCAUGAAAUCUCGAUCUUUCUCUUCAUUUCAGAUCAUUUCCUUUCUGGGUUUUCUGAGCUGAUGCCUGUGACGUCUUGUGAUCGCUGUCGAUUUCCCUCUUUAUCUCAAACAUCUUCUGCUUGUUGUCGCGUAACCGUUCCACGCUGCAGUCGAAACCCUUUUGAUUUCAAAGUUGUCCUUACUCCCGUUCACAAUAAAGUCAACCGAGUACCAGCGCUUCUCAUCGCGCACACACUCGUUACAGUAACGAUACUUUGAUCUCCGUUUUUUUGUUCCAUAAAAUGAAAAAACGAUGAGUUUUAAAGCAGAGGGAAUGUUCUGUAACCGUACAGCACCUGUUCAACGGAAGAGCGACACGCUGGAGAAAGGAGGCUGUGAGGGCGGACUGCGACUUCCUGUUGUGGCUUGUGUCAUCACUUUGUUAACCUGCAAACUUUAUGCAGUCUCAAAGUGUGGGUGCCUCAUGCUAAGUGUCACAUCCCCACAUAUGUCUCCUCACUUGUACGUGUCAGGCUCCUGAGAAGCGCAGCUCUGUUGGGUUUGUUGUAGAUCCUAGUGUAACACAGCUGGGAAGGGAAGAGAAGUUUCUCUCUCACUGAUUACAUCCAGGACUUCAAGGCCAGGCCAACUUUUACCAGGUCUCACCAUGUCCAUCGACCCUGCGGCUGAGCUGCCUUUCUUCUACGGCAGCAUCAGUCGCUCGGACGCCGAGCAGCACCUGAAGCUGGCCGGGAUGUCCGACGGCCUCUUCUUGCUGCGGCAGUGUCUCCGCAGUCUGGGGGGCUACGUCUUGUCUAUCGUGUGGAACCUGGAGUUCCACCAUUACUCCGUAGAGAAACAGCUUAACGGGACUUACUGCAUCACAGGAGGGAAGCCUCACUGUGGCCCUGCAGAGCUCUGUGAGUUUUACAGCAAAGACUCCGACGGCCUGGUGUGCCUCCUGAAGAAGCCGUGUCUACGCUCCCCAGAUACGCCGAUCAGGCAAGGCGUGUUUGACAGUCUGAGAGAAAACAUGCUGAGGGAGUACGUGAAGCAGACCUGGAAUCUGGAGGGCGAAGCCAUGGAGCAGGCCAUCAUCAGUCAAGCUCCUCAGCUCGAGAAGCUGAUCGCAACUACAGCCCACGAGAAAAUGCCUUGGUACCACGGCAAAAUCUCCCGCCAUGAGGGGGAGAGGCGGCUUUACUCGGGAGCACAACCGGACGGCAAGUUUCUAAUCAGAGACAGAGAAGAGUCUGGCACAUACGCUCUCUCCAUGAUGUACGGGAAAACGGUGUACCACUAUCAGAUCCUCCAGGACAAGUCGGGGAAAUUCUCUAUGCCUGAGGGAACAAAGUUUGACACAGUCUGGCAGCUGGUGGAGUAUCUGAAGAUGAAACCUGACGGCCUUGUAACCGUUCUCGGAGAGGCGUGUGUUAACGGCAAAGCUGCUGUUGAAAAGACACCCAGUCUUCCCAAUAGGCCACGCGGCGCCAAUGGAUACACACCGCCACCUCGAGCUCUUGCAUUGGUCACAAAGACUCCUGUGCCCGAAGACCGCGACCUUCUCCCCAUGGACUGCAAUGGAUUCAACCCGUAUCACAACCCCAAUGAUAUCAAGAGGUUCAACAUCCAGAGGUCCGACCUGCUGAUGGACGAGGUGGAGCUCGGCUCUGGGAACUUUGGCUGUGUCAAGAAGGGAGUCUUCAAAACAGAAUCGGGUCAGAUAGACGUGGCCGUCAAGGUGCUGAAGAACGACAACGAGAAGCUGGUGAAGGAGGAGAUGAUGCGGGAGGCAGAGAUCAUGCACCAGCUGAGUAACCCGUUCAUCGUCCGCAUGCUUGGCCUGUGCAACGCAGACUGUCUUAUGCUGGUCAUGGAGAUGGCUUCUGCCGGACCGCUGCACAAAUUCCUCUCCUCCAACAAGGAUACCGUAUCGGUGGAGAACAUUGUGAACCUGAUGCACCAGGUGUCGAUGGGCAUGAAGUAUCUGGAGGAGAAGAACUUUGUGCACAGAGAUUUAGCGGCUCGCAACGUCCUGCUGGUCAAUCAACAGUUCGCCAAAAUCAGUGACUUUGGCCUCUCCAAGGCCCUGGGAGCAGAUGACAACUACUACAAAGCUCGUACUGCAGGUAAAUGGCCGCUCAAGUGGUACGCACCAGAAUGUAUACUCUUCCACAAAUUCUCCAGCAAAAGCGACGUGUGGAGUUUUGGUGUCACCAUGUGGGAGGCGUUCUCCUACGGAGGGAAACCCUACAAGAAAAUGAAAGGACCCGACGUGAUCCGCUUCAUUGAGAACGGGAGCCGCAUGGAUUGUCCGGCGGCGUGUCCAGAGCGAGUAUAUACACUGAUGAAAGAGUGCUGGACAUACAAACACGAGGACCGUCCUGACUUCAAGAAGGUCGAGGAGGCCAUGAGGAGUUAUCAUUACUCCAUAUCCGGCAAGGCCAAGCCUGAGGAAGGCGCAGCCGCCGCCGCACCCGAGCCUACCAAGUAGACAGAAAAAAGGCACAUUCUGUCCCAGCGCUGCACAAAGCGUCCUUUCAGCCGGCCAUUAAACAACCAAAACAAAGAGUGUUUUAUGAACUGUGCACAGUGACCAGCUUUGACCGCAGAAGCGACACAGCAAUAAAUGUGCAUUUGUAAAUCGGACUUCAGUGUGUCAGCCGUGCACGGAAGCUCUCUGUCUGCCGUGGUUUGAAUGUUAAGUGUCGUAAUACUGCUGAACAAAACUAAUUUUAUAUUCUGCUACUUUAAUCGAACUAUGUAUUCAAAUCUGCGUCUUUGUCCGCCUCCACCUAAAAGAAUUUUUACUGUUUUUAGCCUAAUAAACUAGAAACAAACGAAUUAUGUGAGUGAAAAAUGUGGAUUAACUUAUCAUAAAUCUGCUGAUAUGACUGAAUUCAUUCUUAAGUGCUGUGUAAUUUUUUUCUUUCUCUUUCUUGGAGCUACAACAACAGUCUGACAUUAUAAGUCUUAAUUGUUCUUUUCCAGAUGUUCCAAAACCAUAAAAAUAAAAAUCUGUAACUUUAUCACAGAUGUGGCGGGAAAACUACGAGCCUCCAUUCAACUGGUCUUCUGCAAUCUGUCUCACAAAAUCAAUCAUAACACAAAAGACAUUACAAUUAAAGACAUUAUGAACAUUUGUAUCAACAAAAUGCUCCAUAAAAGCAUCAGCAUUUGGUGAUGUUUCACUGGAAGGCAAAAAUGAGCUUUGGACAUGAGGUGCAUGCAUACUUUCUUAUAAAUACUCUGAACAUGUAUGUGCAGAGUCCAACAUCUGCAUUUUUAAUCAAAAGAAACAUUAAAAAUGAGAAAGUCUAAUAUGAGACUUUUUGAGACUUUGAGUUUAAAGCUGUUCUCUGUCUUUAAAUAUGUGUGUUUGUUAAAUACUUUUUUCUCUCUGAUGUUUCAAUGCCAGUAAUUUAAACGUCACACGCGGCGAUUUAUUAGGAAAGAAACAAACUGAGGUUAGUCACGCUGGCCCCAAACUGUGUCAGAGGAAGUACUUGUGAACCGUCAGGCCACACUGGAGGGUCCAAGGAAGUCGAUGAAGCAGUUUUCAAAAUAAUAGUAGGUUUUCACAAAAUAAACCCUAUGACCCUAUAUUAGACCCUAUGCAUGCUGUGGUAUAAAUAGGUAAUAUGAUCAGAGUCCCGGAAAUCUACAUUUAUUAUAUAUUUAAUAUUUUUUCAUAAAGAAUUUAACGGUAUUGCUAAUU